CCCCUCCCCACUUUCUCAACCCCCGGACUUCCAACGGCCAAACUGCCGACUUGGAUGGAUAGAGAGUUGGAGGAUUACCCCAGGGCGGGGGACGAGAGGGAGAACUUUUUCUCUUUUGUUGUUAAAGUGCCAUUUAUUUCAGCGUGGCAGAGGAGAUGUGGGGAUCUGUGCUGAGACUUCUCAGACAGAUUUACUUACACUUGUGUGUGGAGUCAUAGACGGGGAGUUUAACGGUUGAAGUUCUCAGAGAGAGUGAGGCGCUCGCGACGGAGAACAGAAACGAGCUAACCUUUGUCACAUCUGCGGUCUGAGGUUGUUAAGAGACGAUUUGCAUGAGGCAGGCAUAACGAUACCGCUGCUGUUGGUUAGAGGAGCUUGGGAGUUUAUAAAGAGCCGUAGGUUAAGUUGAGGAAAAACCGGUUUUCCCUGGUACUCUACUGCAGCUUUUGUGUUUUUGAAUGGUGGGCCGUUUUUCCUGCCUGACAGGGCCGAUUGUCAAGAAGAAGUUUCAGCUGCCGAGCACGCACGCUCAUCGUUGUCAAUCCUGCACAGAUGGACUUCAGAUAAUACCUUAAGUUCUACCCUCAUCCUGAACUUCAGCCUGUCCCGGAGCCUUUAACAUUCAGCCAGAAUGACUGAUCCCACUGGGCUGAGCCCCGAAGGGGAAGGGGCAGGAAUGGCUGAGGCCGACGUGUGUAGUUUGGAAAUAGAGAGAAAAUAUGAUAUCAUCCCUGCAGUCAUCUGCUCCAUGUGUUGCCUUUUUGGCAUCAUCUAUUGCUUCUUUGGUUACCGCUGUUUCAAGGCUGUCAUGUUCCUGUCUGGUCUAAUGUUUGGCUCGGUCAUUAUCUUCUUGCUGUGCCACAAGGAGCAUGUUCUGGACACCCAGCUCAGUGUGGAGGCGAGCGCAGGUAUUGGCCUCGGCAUAGGCCUCCUAUGUGGUCUGGUCACCAUGCUUGUGCGAAGUGUCGGCCUCUUCAUGACAGGCCUGCUGCUGGGACUCCUUCUGGCUCUCGCUGCCCUGCUGGUCACUCACCAGUUCUACACUCCCACCACAGUCUGGGUGCCCCUGGGUGCUCUUCUGGGAGCAGGCAUGCUGUUUGCUGUGCUCACACUGCAGUGGCAGAAGAUCUUCACCAUGAUAUCCACCUCCGUGUUUGGAGCAGCUAUCAUGACAGUGUGUGCCGAUUACUUUGUGGAGAUGCUGGCUUUGGCCACACAUAUGUAUGACUGCUUGCGCCUAACACCUGGGCCAGCACUCUGCUGGUACAGCUGGGUCAUUCUGGGCAUCUGGCCUGCUCUCAGCCUUAUAGGAGUUCUGGUCCAGUGGAAACUGACAGAUGACAACUUCUCACACACUGAGGUUGUCAUCAGUCGUAGACAGAAGAGAGUCCAGCUGAUGCGGAUUCGGGAAAAGGACGCCAAGAAGCGACAGCAGGCAGGUGGGCAGGAAGGCACGUAUCGCCGUAAACCCACCCCAGUCAAACGUUACGCUGGGGAUCUACUGGCACCGAGCUACCUUCAAAGUUUGCGGGACAGACAGAUGGGCACAGGCACUUCCCUUAGCAGCCUUGGCACCACAAACCAAACCAUGAUCGACAUGGACUACGAUACCAGCUCCACGGUUCCCCUAACAGCCACAACUCCUGUCGUCAGGGUCUGAGCAAGACCGGCAUAAGAAGGGACUACUUUAUGCUCUGUGGUUCUUCCAUUGUGUCUUUCUAAUAUAUAGAAUAGAACUUAUUAAUAGCUCCACUGUCUGAAGGUUUUAUUUUCAUAAAAUAGAUUUGGAGCGAGUUUUUUCCUGCGUGUGCGGUGGAACAGACGGCGCUCUCUGGGAGGAAAAAACAGGUGUAAAACUCCUGUUUGAUGAUGCUAAAACCACUAUAGCCCCUGUUUCUCAGAGAAACAACAAAAUACAUAUUCUAAUAAAGCAAGGCCACUCAUUUCAACUCUUUGUAUUGAAUACAUAACAGCAAGUACGAGCCUCAGAAACAAGGAUUUCUGUUUUUGGUGUCUGACUUUAUGUGUACUGUACUUCUGAAGUUAGCCAUUGUGUUGUGAUGUUACCUUUUUUAUUUUUAAACUGUGCAACUGUAAGAUCUGAGGAAGGUUUUGUAUGUUUUUUUUGGUUUUUUUUUACUGGAGUGUUGUGAGAAAGUAAAGCAUGACGUGGAUACAUGGAGUUUGGCAAAGUGAAGCAAAAACUCUGUGUUCCCAUUUUUUUCUGUUUUUGUUUGUUUUUUACCUAUUUAAAAGCUCUUUGUUGGGGCUUCCAGCAGGGUCUCUUCUAGCGGCACCUCAGACCUGUCUUUGUAUUUGCAGUCUAACUCUUGUCAGAAUACAAUCUAUGAAGAAUUUAGACUUUUAUGUAAGCUUGAGGAGGAAUCUUCUUUAAAUAUAAUUUAUAUAAUGACCAAGUAUGUGGUAGUGUUUUCUUUCUUUCUCUCUUUCUCUCUUUUUUAAGGACAAAAAACAAAGCAUGUUUGUUGGUCAUUUUUAGACUUUUAAAUACUUUUCCAUUUGUUUUUGGAAUUUUUCAGGAACCCCAUUCUUGUUACCUGAAUAUGUAAAUACUUGUU